AUGCGAUUGUGGUUGGAAGACAAGAAAACCAAAGCUCAAAGGAAAUGCGUAGCCACGAACAUCGCGGACCACGUGACGUCCGGAGCGAGCUACGCCUUACCGUCGGAUGUGGUGGUGACGUUCUUGAAGCGUGCAAUGCAAGGCACGACCCCCGAGACCUGCCACGUGGCCCUUCAGGACUUGGAGAAUGGAUACAUCCAAGUUGUGUUGACAUUGGCUAUCUUGGGCUCAUUCGAUGAGCUAUUUUAG